AUGUCCACAAUAAUAGCAAAGAGAGAGAUUGGUUCUUCCAAUGAAGAAGAAACUGAUUUGAGAAGAGGACCUUGGACUCUUGAAGAGGAUAGUUUACUCAUUCAUUAUAUUGCUCGUCAUGGUGAGGGUCGUUGGAAUAUGUUAGCCAAAAGUGCAGGACUGAAGAGAACUGGAAAAAGCUGCAGGCUGAGAUGGCUCAAUUACUUGAAACCUGACAUUAAGAGAGGCAACCUUACCCCACAAGAACAGCUCUUGAUCCUUGAACUCCAUUCCAAGUGGGGUAACAGGUGGUCAAAAAUUGCUCAGCAUCUUCCAGGAAGAACAGACAAUGAGAUCAAGAACUAUUGGAGAACAAGGGUACAGAAACAGGCACGCCAACUCAACAUUGAAUCUGGAAGCAAGAGAUUCAUUGAUGCUGUUAAGUUUUUCUGGAUGCCAAGAUUGCUUCAAAAGAUGGAACAGAGUUCUGCUUCAAAUUCCCCUAUGAUCAUGAACAACUUUAACAAUCAUGCAGAAGCUUCUUCAAUGAGUACUUCACCAAUCUCAAACUUCUCCAACAACAUUCCUAAUUCUCUAUCUCCACCACAAAGGGAAUUAUUCAUGGAUGUUCCAAGUAAUCAUCACUUCAGCAAUAUGUCCAGCCCCAACAACAAUAAUGUUCCUCCUUCCUCUGAUUCACUUCAAUUCUCACAGCUAUUUGAGAUGUCACAGCACUUAACAUCAGCAAGUCCUCCCAAUGUGUUUGAGAACUACAACGUUUAUUACAACAACAAUCCAAUGAUUCAAGAAAACUGGAAUAAUGUUGUUGAUGCCAAUGGCAAUAAUAAUAAUAAUAUUAAUAACUAUGGUGCCAUGGUGGAAGGACUAAGCAUGGAUCCUCUGUCACCAAUGGGAACUUAUUAUGACAUUCCACAGUUUGAUCUUCAAACCUGUGGGAGUGACUGGAUUUUAGACAACAACAACAACAUGGGUGAUACUUUAUGGAACAUGGAUUCUAUGUAA